UCAGAAGAAUCUAAAAAGUUAAUAAUUCUCUAAAAAGAUAUCUUAACCAUUGGUCAGCUCUGAAAUAAUUGCAAGCAGUCUGCAACAUUCUGCGAUCUGAUCUCUAAGGUUUGUGAUCAACAAGUCUGAAACCAUCCAUCCAUGAUCAAGAGGUGGCAGAUGAAGAACCAUCUAUGGAGUUUGUUUGGGAUCAUUCUCUUAAACAUCUCUGUGAAUGGUAUGAUGAUGGAGUUUGAUGAAAUGGAGUGGUUCACAGAGUUCAAUGGAACAAAGAUGUUUCAGACUGAAAGUAACGUUUACUCUGAAGCUAAGUUUCCUAUGGUUGGACUCACUCUGAUUCAAUCCGCUGCUUCUAAAGGAGCUGUGUGUCUCGAUGGAAGUCUCCCCGGAUAUCACUUGCAUCGAGGGUUUGGUUCAGGAGCAAACAACUGGCUCGUUCAAUUGGAGGGAGGUGGAUGGUGUGAUACCGUUAGAAAUUGUGUAUACCGUAAGACCAGUCGCCGUGGAUCAUCUUCGUACAUGGAGAAGCAGAUACCUUUCACUGGCAUUUUAAGUGAUAGAGCAGCUGAAAAUCCAGAUUUUUAUAACUGGAACAGAGUAAAAGUUCGGUACUGUGACGGUGGAUCGUUUAGUGGUGAUAGCGAAGAUAAGGCUGCAAAACUUCAGUUUAGAGGAAAGAGAAUUUGGUUAGCUGCUAUGGAAGAGUUGAUGGGGAAAGGAAUGCGUCAAGCCAAGCAGGCUUUGCUCUCUGGAUGUUCUGCUGGAGGUCUUGCCGCGAUUUUCCGAUGUGAUGAUUUUGGGAAAUUGUUUCCUCCUUCCACUAGAGUGAAAUGUCUGAGUGAUGCUGGUUUCUUCCUUGACGCCAUCGAUGUAUCUGGAGGCCGAGCUCUGAGGCGUUUAUAUGCCGGUGUGGUAAAAUUACAGAAUCUUCAAACCAUGCUUCCUCGGGACUGUGUAGACCGUCUUAAUCCAACUUCGUGCUUUUUCCCACAAAACCUAAUCAACCAAGUUAAGACUCCAUUGUUUAUUCUUAAUGCUGCAUAUGAUUCGUGGCAGAUUCAAGAGAGUUUAGCUCCUAAAUCUGUAGAUCCAAAAGGAAGUUGGAAUGACUGCAGACUUAACUACGCCAAGUGCAGUCCAUCUCAGAUUCAGUUCUUGCAAGGAUUUAGGACGCGUAUGGUGAAUUUAGUAAAAGGUUUCGCGAUGCCAAGAAAGAACGGUGUGUUCCUUAACUCGUGCUUUGCUCAUUGCCAAACAGAGAGGCAUGACACAUGGUAUGCUAAAAACUCUCCUGCCGUUAAGAACAAGGGUAUAGCAGUAGCUGUGGGAGAUUGGUAUUUCGAAAGAGGAGGAGCAAAGCUCAUAGACUGUGCUUAUCCUUGUGAUAAGACUUGUCACAAUUUGGUCUUUAGAGAAUAAAUUUAGUUUUUUUCCUUUGGUAUAAAAAUGCUAUUUUUUUUUUCCUUAAAAAAAAAAGCAUUCAUUUAUUCAGGCAAACAAUGAAAUAAAAAUAAAAACCCAUUUGAUCACUUUUUCUCCUCUUACAUUUCUCUUAA